AUGGUCCUGCAUCCUAUUCUCUCUCAGGCAUGUAUCUCUUCUUUUGCACUGACAUUCCAGCAGUCAGACCUUCACAUUCGUGACGGGUUGUCCAUUGACCUCCAGCCGCUUCUGUUAGCACAACUUCCCGGUCAGAUCUGGUCCCGACUCACAACUCGCUCUUACUGCUCUGCCUGUUCCCAUCAACUGGUUAAUACUCGCCCCAUCCAGCCUCCUCUUCACCAACAACAACUUCGCUCCUUCUGGUCUUUUGUUCUUCCUCACAGGGCACUCCUCAACACUGCUCGCAAGUCAGUAUCUCGCCUCUGCUCUGAGCUAGAGCUUGGCUCUCGCGAUGUACCUCCGGUACAGCUCUACCCUUACUUUUACCCUAACUUCUAUAAUAAUAAAAAAGAGCAUAAAAUUCCAAAAGCCAAAAACAUCAUAUAA